CUCGCGGCUAAGUGGAUGGGAUGGAGCCGGGACCAUCUGGCGCUGUGCCCAUGGGGCCGUUCCCCCCACCCCUACAGCAGGUGUUCCAGGCUCCCCGCAGGCCAGGCAUGGGCACCGUGGGUAAACCCAUUAAACUCCUGGCCAAUUACUUUGAAGUGGAAAUCCCCAAAAUGGAUGUUUACCACUAUGAGGUGGACAUCAAACCUGACAAGUGCCCCCGUCGAGUCAACAGGGAAGUUGUGGAAUACAUGGUCCAGCAUUUUAAACCGCAGCUGUUCGGCGACAGAAAACCUGUGUAUGAUGGCAAGAAGAAUAUUUACACAGUAUUAGCUCUCCCCAUAGGGAGUGAGAAGGUGGAUUUUGAGGUUACUAUCCCGGGCGAGGGAAAAGAUCGUAUUUUCAAAGUGUCCAUUCGCUGGUUGGCGAAGGUUUCGUGGCGACUGCUGCAGGAGACAUUGGUCAGUGGGCGCCUGCAGGUUCCUAUGGACUCUGUCCAGGCUCUGGAUGUGGCCAUGAGGCAUCUGGCUUCCAUGAGGUACACUCCCGUGGGACGCUCCUUCUUUUCUCCUCCUGAAGGAUAUUACCACCCUCUGGGAGGAGGCAGGGAGGUGUGGUUUGGGUUCCAUCAGUCUGUACGACCCGCCAUGUGGAAGAUGAUGCUCAACAUCGAUGUCUCUGCGACGGCCUUCUACAAAGCUCAGCCUGUCAUUGAGUUCAUGUGUGAGGUCCUGGACAUUCGUAAUAUCGACGAACAGCCCAAGACGCUGACGGAUUCGCAAAGGGUCCGUUUCACCAAGGAGAUCAAAGGCCUUAAGGUGGAGGUGACACACUGCGGUCAAAUGAAGAGGAAGUAUCGCGUGUGUAACGUGACGCGGCGACCCGCCAGCCACCAAACGUUUCCCCUGCAGCUGGAGAGUGGACAGACAGUAGAAUGUACAGUGGCCCAGUAUUUCAAACAGAAAUACAACCUGCAACUGAAAUAUCCCCACCUGCCCUGCCUUCAGGUGGGCCAGGAACAAAAACACACCUACCUGCCCCUAGAGGUGUGUAAUAUAGUGGCAGGUCAGAGGUGCAUCAAAAAACUGACUGAUAAUCAGACAUCCACCAUGAUCAAAGCCACAGCCCGCUCAGCCCCAGACAGACAGGAGGAGAUCAGCAGACUGAUGAAGAAUGCUAAUUUUAAUCUGGACCCUUAUAUCCAAGAAUUUGGGAUUAAGGUGAAAGAUGACAUGGCAGAAGUGACAGGGAGAGUCCUGCCAGCCCCAAUCCUACAGUACGGAGGAAGGAACCGGGCCAUCGCCACGCCUAAUCAAGGAGUGUGGGACAUGAGGGGGAAACAGUUCUACAACGGCAUCGAGAUUAAGGUGUGGGCCAUCGCCUGCUUCGCCCCGCAGAAACAGUGCCGCGAGGAGGUGCUCAAGAACUUCACAGACCAGCUGCGUAAGAUCUCAAAGGAUGCUGGGAUGCCCAUCCAGGGUCAGCCGUGUUUUUGUAAGUACGCCCAGGGAGCCGACAGCGUGGAGCCCAUGUUCAGGCACCUGAAGAACACCUACUCUGGUCUCCAGCUCAUCAUCGUCAUCCUGCCUGGAAAAACCCCUGUCUAUGCCGAGGUGAAGCGUGUAGGAGACACUCUUUUAGGAAUGGCCACUCAGUGUGUGCAGGUGAAGAACGUGGUAAAAACGUCCCCUCAGACCCUCUCCAACCUCUGCCUCAAAAUCAACGUCAAACUGGGCGGCAUCAACAACAUCCUGGUACCACACCAGCGGUCUGCCGUUUUCCAGCAGCCAGUCAUUUUCCUCGGGGCAGAUGUUACACACCCACCAGCUGGGGACGGGAAGAAGCCUUCCAUUACUGCAGUGGUGGGUAGUAUGGAUGCCCACCCCAGCAGGUACUGCGCUACAGUGAGGGUCCAGAGGCCCAGGCAGGAGAUCAUUGAGGAUCUGUCCUACAUGGUACGGGAGCUGCUCAUCCAGUUCUACAAGUCGACCCGCUUCAAGCCCACACGCAUCAUCUUCUACAGGGACGGGGUCCCAGAGGGCCAGCUGCCUCAGAUCCUCCACUACGAGCUGCUGGCCAUCAGAGACGCUUGCAUCAAACUGGAGAAAGAUUACCAGCCUGGCAUCACCUACAUCGUCGUGCAAAAACGCCACCACACCCGUCUCUUCUGUGCCGACAAGUCAGAGAGGAUUGGAAAGAGUGGGAACAUUCCAGCAGGAACCACCGUGGACACCAGCAUCACACAUCCUUUUGAGUUUGACUUCUACCUGUGCAGCCAUGCGGGUAUUCAGGGCACCAGCCGGCCCUCCCACUACUACGUCCUUUGGGACGACAAUCGCUUUACGGCUGACGAGCUGCAGAUCCUUACCUACCAGCUGUGCCACACCUAUGUGCGCUGUACCCGCUCCGUCUCCAUCCCCGCGCCAGCCUACUACGCCAGGCUCGUGGCCUUCCGCGCCCGCUACCACUUGGUGGACAAGGAGCACGACAGUGGAGAAGGCAGCCAUGUGUCUGGGCAGAGUAACGGCCGAGACCCCCAGGCUUUGGCCAAAGCUGUUCAGAUUCACCACGACACCCUGAGGACCAUGUACUUCGCCUGAACGCGUCUUGUUCUCCACUUUCUCCUUCACGUCUUCAACGCCGUUCAGUCUGGUCGGAGAGCAUGCAGGCACCCCAUCGCUUCUGUUAGCCCUGCACCUAGAGCCAGUUCAACCCAGUACCACCCAGUACUCCAGUAACCCGCUCAACCUGAUCAGAACUGACUGACUUUGGAGCCUCCUGCCGUUAUGGUGAUCCAUUUUUAACCUUGCUGGACAACCAC